GUUUGUUCUUCCUCAACAUUCAGCGCUCAGCGCUCAGCCCAAGUAUUAGACUGUCGUUUGCAACAGAUAUUCUUGCUACUGAGGCGUACCCUAACCUUCCGGGUCGGAUACGGCCAACAAACUACGGUUCUUCCCGGGCAUGGAGAAUGAUCCAGGGUCGGUUGCUGAACAACGCGCCAAUGCGGUUGCAAAGCUCAAACGCGCUGCAUCUUUACCACGACUGAAAAAUGGAAGGCGGCCCCAGAUGCACAAUGAAGUUGUUAGCGAAGGCGAGAAAACCCUGCAUGAUGAUGUCCAGGAUCCAUCACAGGACACACCCCCCGAGUGCGUCUCCAAUAGCGACUACAAGCCGAUCGUACAGCCCGAAGAGAACCCAGGGUCGCCUGAGCCGUCGAAUGUAAACCGUAAACGCCGCUCACGUUCACGUUCACGUUCUAGGGGUUCCAAGGAUCUCAGAAAAUUCAAACCUCCUCAGUCUCCUUUGCCAACGUCUGUUACGCCCAGCAACGAUUCUUCUCCUGACGAUUCACCACCCUCGCGAGCUGAAUACCUUCCACAUUCAAUUCUCGCACCAAUACCCUCCCAUCUUAAUCCGUUACCCAAUUCUCCGUUCAUUUUACCUGGUUUCUUAACGGCAGAGAACCCUUUUCUACCUUCUGUACCUUCUGGUGCUUCUUCUCCUAUCCCAAGACUUCCCACAUUGGAGGCUCUGGUGUCACGUCAAGGGCUUCAACGAUCGAAUAGUGCAGGUGCAGCCCGCAUGCUAACUUUACAGAGCACAUUACAAAAGCUCACGGGUGGCACGGAAUUAAUGGAUUCAACAUUUCCAUCUCCAGCAAUGUCGCCUCCGCCUUCUGGCACUAAACUCGGUCGGAACAAUACUGUAUCUGGUGGGGAAAGCAGCGAACGUAGCACUGCUCGGAGGCUUAUGAUGGCUCAACUGAACAAGAGGAUGAUAAAGGAGACGGAUAUAGAAGAGGAAGAUCCUCGACCAUUCAGCCCUUCAAAGCGACGCCAGAGACGACGUUCAAAACGUCAGUCCGCUAAUCGUCCUGUGGUGUCGACCACAGAUGAAUCCGAUCUUGUUUCGACCAACGAUGCCACGCCAAACCGUUCCAACACCCCUCAAACUCAACCCGAUGAAUUAGCCCCCAACGUCCAGCGCACAUCUUCCAGCACUCCCAUACCCCCGAUACCAAUAUAUCCUCUUGCAACCCCAAGCAUCAACCUCAACGAAACCAUCAACUCCAGCCGUCAAUCCACUCCUGUGCGAGCUGUGCCACCCACUCACUUUGAUCACGCUGCCAAAAAAAGACGGGAGAGUGUUCUGAUAGAGGAUCCAGAUGACGAAGACCGGAUUCCUCCACAGUCGACGUAUUAUGGAUUACCAGGUGCUCCGAGUCGGCCGCAUCCUAGCCUUUCUCCUCGCCUUCCCCAUUCAUCAGACUCCACUGACUCACCACUUCUUGAUGUAACGAAUGUACCGAUAUUCCUGGCCCCCCAUCUUGAGAGGACUCCGUCUCGGCAAGCCAGAUUCCCUUCUAGUCCCUUCGCGAGACCUCAUAAGGAGAUAUCGUUGUCGUCUGACCAGGAGGAGGAACGCGAUCAGGAGGAGGAGGAAUUCUUUCCAACAGAAGCUUUUCGACGGUCUCCAUAUCAUGAUGGUCUUAACCGAGAAAUCAGUUGGGUGGCAGAGCCAGUGCCGGAAACCCCCAUGCCUGUGCACGAAGAGACAGAAGAGGAGGAGGAUGACGAACCGCUGCAGGAUGAGCCGGCCCAGCAAAUCACCGAAGAUGAAGAUGAUCAUCCGCCUCCGGAUUCGCCAAGAGAAGGGUUUAAUACUCAGAUCGAGGAACCAUCAUCUCGCGCAUCAUCGGAUUCAAAGGAACUUGUUGUGGAAUUAGAGACAUCUCCCUUGCCUACUCCCGCAUUCACUUCGCCGACACCCUCCUCAUUUGCCAACCUGCCUAACACCGCUUCCAUGCUCCGAAACAGUGAUGAAUCAGAUUCUCAACAGUACCCUCAGCGGCUUUCGGUAGCUAUUCGCAUGCACAGCGAUAAAUCUCCGGUUGUAACUGAGCCUGAGUCGACCGAUCCCCAAACAGUCCGGGCAGAGACUCCCUCCAGGCGCGAAGGUAGCACAUGGAGCAAGAUCGUCCAUUCCUUGACGAGGAGUGCUUCAAGUAGCGGGCGCCGGUCUCGGACGAACUCAAUUGCGACAAGGGAGAGAAGACAGCACACUGACUCUAGCAUCAGCCGGGAGAGUGGAGUGAGUCUUCCAAGUCCGAAAAUUGAUAAGAACGACAGCAUCAGUUCGACUACAUACCCACACGGCCAGCCAUCCUCAGCGUCGACUUCGGUACAUUCAUUGGUCCAAACCGCUCCUCCCAGCAGCGGAGUAUCCCCUGUUCCCAUGACUCCCUCCACUGAUCCUCUGGCGAAGUAUACACACGAAAAACUCAUGCCUUUCCCCGGGAUCAAGAAGCUGCAAGAGCAAUGGAACCGUCAACCUCACUUUUCGUCUACUCCUGAUAUCAUUCUGUCGCAUCAUGUUGAGGCUGAUAUACCGCUGCCAUCGAGUUCUUCCAGUAAUACCCCUUCUAAUUCUCCCGAGAUAAAUGGGGACAGGAAGCUAACACACCAGGCAUCAGAUACCCAUCUGUUGCAUAUCUACAAGGCUCAAGCACCACCACUUUCUGCCUCUGCAUCCACAUCCUCUCAUGACCACUACCAGCAUGGCAGUCCCCACUCACCGUCCUCCAUUAUGCUGAAAUCCCUUCCAACUAACCGAGAUGGGGUCCGGAGAUGGCUCAGUGCCAGGAAGUUGUUCCCCCAGCCUUCACAGUCGCCGGUAGGCAAUUCGCCUCCGACGCCUAGUCCUGAACCGAAACCCGCAGUAGCGUCGAAGAAGCCAUCACUCUCUGACCUAUUCCGAUUGCGGAAGGAGAAUGAUUUGUCCGCUGAGCUCCAAGAUGAAUGGGUAGAUGUUGAUCGUGACAAAUCACGCAGUUCUGUUGGCAAUGGGCAGCUAAAGAAGGCGAAUGGUGAAUUCUCCCCGACCAGUCCAAACGAUAGCUUUAUCCGUGACGAGCUUCAGAAGACGCCGCGAGCGAGUAAAAUCGCUAGGCCUAACGGCCAGCCAUACUCUGCCACAGAUAUCUCCCUAAUACCUCUCACUCCGGCAACCCCUUCUCCCCCUGAAUUUCCAUCUACCACACCUGAGCCUUGGUCUUCACUAUCCGACUACCCCCAUCUUACAACAUCCGAGUCUUCUUCGUCCAAGACUUCCUCGCAUUAUUCAAAUUACCCUGCGAAAGGCGGCAUACUGUUGGAGCGCUUGAAUGACAUGCUGGGCCGAGGUUCAAGAAGCCCGGUAUGGCUAUCUGCCAUUGAUGAGCCUCCGCGAAGAUUUCUACGAUGUUCUCCAGUCUUCCAGGUCGUGAAUUCUAACAUCUGCAAGGAUCGCUUCCUCUUCCUGUUCAACGACAUUCUCGUCAUUGCCAAACCUCGUGCUGAGGAUUCCGAUACGUUCCUCGAGGUGACGAAGCCUAAUCCUGCUGAUCGGAAGUUCACCGUCAAGAAUGUGGUAUUGCUGCGACAACUCUGCUUCACCAGCGAGCGUGAGGAGCCGUGUUCGAGAGCCAUCCCAAGAACUCCUGCAGUACAAGCCUUUGUCGAACAGUUCUCCAUAGAUUCGGAUAAUGCAGUCACAUUGCUCUUCAGCAGCUUGGAUCAUCGCGACGAUCCUGCUGCACUUGCGCAACUCCUGUUCAGAACACCACAUAUUGACAGGGUACAGCUCGGUGAUUUUUUGUCGCGGCGUACAAGCCGUGUUGUGCUCAAGCAUUAUCUUGACGCCUUCGGGUUUAUGGGAAUGAGGGUGGACAAAGCCCUCCGGUUGUUCCUUCAGUCUAUUCACAUCCCGGAACGGGGCAGCCACGGUAUCACUCCUCUCGACGUUCUUCUCGAGCCGUUCGCGAAUCGGUGGUAUGAGGCAAACGCAAUCCACAUCUCUUACGACAAAGAUUUGGCCUACCGCUUCACGAGAGCCAUCGUGCAGCUGAACGACGUCCUGCAUGGUGCUAUCUCUCAUGAGCCGGGUCAGAUGGGGCAUCCUAAAAGGAAUAUUACUGCAAGAGACUUCCUUGAGGCUUUCCGACGUCAUGACAAUCGCCUGUCGGAUGAGUUAUUGGGAGAUGUCUAUGAUUCCAUCCGUCGUGAGCGCCUGUGCCAGGCGCGCAACUCAACGUCUGGCGGCCCACCAGAGAUCACUGUCACCUUCAAACGCACACUUCCUCCGCGACUCACCUACCGGGUUCAGUCAGAGCCAGUCGUCAUCCGUAUCCCACAACCAGAUCCACAGUUCAGUAUUGAGUUGUUUGGGCACGAUUUGGUGUUUGACCCACCUGUAUUGUCAUUUGCGAAGUCGGCAGAAGCUUCCUUCCGGGUGACGGGGCGCUCUUUUGGACUGAAAACAAUGUCCAUGCUGCGGUCAGGUCCGAAUGCCCUACUAUAUGCUGGCCUAGCCCAGAGUUACACCAUAGCAGUGGAGCGCGCUUUCAUGCGCAACACCUUUCAGGUGGCAUUUUUGGAUCACAAUGGAGCCAAGCGCAAAUAUAUGUUCAGUGUCACCGACCCUGUUGUUCGCCACGAGUGGGCAGUUUCGCUCAAACGGGAAAUUGAUGCCUCUGUCGUAGCCGCUGAUCAUCCCUACGGCAUAAACUGGCCGUCCCCGCAGACGGCUCGGUUUUAUAAAGCAUCGUACAACAUGUCUUUCAAGGUGUUGCAGGAUACCCUACUCAAGCCAUCCGCUUCCCUGAGCGACACCAGUCCAUUUCCUUCUAAAGUUGACCACGCACUAGCGCGCCUCACCUCAUCCGGCCUUCAUGCCCGCGACCAAUCCAAAACAUCUGUUCGACUCGGUGUGAACUGUACAUCGGAGCCAGUGCGCUCAAAGUCUCGGAGCAAGGUGUACCAUCGCCAUGGACCUGGAAAGAUGGAGUCGGAAGGCAACACCCUUGGUUUCCCUCACGAGAGCAGCGACGAUUGCGGAGAUGAUCCUGACACGCAACUCAGGUCGGAUGAUCAAUACUGGUCAGGAAAAGAUUUAGCGAUGUACUGCCAGCAAAAUAGCUCUAUCGCCCUUUUGCUGGCAUACCUGCAAGUCAGCACGCCAGAUGCUAACGGCUCACAAUGACAGUCUUGUUUCGGUGAGACUCUUGCUUUGUUGUAUAUGCCAACCACUAAAACUUUGACUCAGUGUCUCGUGUUUGUUCCCGAUC